GUUGAGGUUAAGACCAGAAAAUCUACAUCUAGUUUUCGAGAAGGGAGCGCAAACACUGUCAAUUAAGAACGCCAAAUACUAUUUGCAUAGGUAAUGGCGACAUCGGAAAGCAGUGACGAUGAGUGUGGGGUAAUGCGAAAGGCCCUCGACGUUAGUUUGCCAGAUGAUUUCGAUCCAGAGUCAAUUCCACAAACAGGUGAAGAAUACCUUCAUCAUGUAAUCUAUGAGAGAACAAACAAGUGCAGAAAAUGGGUAACGGCUGAAGGAGAUUUCACCAAGUAUAAGAAAAACCAGACUGUCCACGUAACAAUUGAGACUGAAUCACCGAAAGCCCUAGAAAAGUUUUGCCCUUCAAAAAGCUGGCAAGACAAUGCGCUACAAGAUUACAUACAGCUAAGAACAUUCCUAAGCAACACCCAGCAGCCAAAUCCGACUGACCAAAGUAUUUGCAAGAAAUCAUUUUGGAAAAGUAUUGAAAAGACGCGGCCCAGUUUUUCGGAAAUUACUCAAUAUUCCCAGGCAGCUAAAAUAUUAAUGUUGGCAGAAAUCACCAAAUAUCUUGAGAAUGUCAGAAUAGUAUCUGAAACUGUCGGAGUCUGGAUUUAUGCAAUAUUAGCCCUUCUGGAAAAGCCCCUGUCCCCAGAUUGCUGUUAUAAGCUGCGACAGUUUGCAAAGAAAUGCAUUGAACUAAGAGCUGCUUUAAAAGAGGAAGAUGAGGUAUCUCUAGCGAAUCCAUUGAAUUUGUUCGUUUGUGUAAUAGCGCGGUUUUUUAACCAGCUGGAUUUAGCUGAUUAAUUCGCCAGAAAUACACUUUGUCUCGAAUAA